CCGAUCCCUUGGGGCUACCGGCGGCGAGCGCCCGAGCCGCUCCUCCCAAUGGCGAAGAAGACGUACGACCUGCUUUUCAAGCUGCUCCUGAUCGGGGACUCGGGAGUGGGCAAGACCUGCGUCCUUUUUCGUUUUUCGGAUGAUGCCUUCAAUACCACCUUUAUUUCCACCAUAGGAAUAGACUUUAAGAUCAAAACAGUGGAACUACAAGGAAAGAAGAUCAAGCUACAGAUAUGGGACACAGCAGGCCAGGAACGAUUUCACACCAUCACAACCUCCUACUACAGAGGAGCAAUGGGCAUCAUGCUAGUGUAUGACAUCACCAACGGUAAAAGUUUUGAAAACAUCAGCAAGUGGCUUAGAAACAUAGAUGAGCAUGCCAAUGAAGAUGUGGAAAGGAUGUUACUAGGGAACAAGUGUGACAUGGACGACAAGAGAGUUGUACCGAAAGGCAAAGGAGAGCAGAUUGCAAGGGAGCAUGGUAUUAGGUUUUUUGAGACUAGUGCAAAAGCAAAUAUAAACAUCGAAAAGGCGUUCCUCACAUUAGCUGAAGACAUCCUCCGAAAGACCCCUGUAAAAGAACCCAACAGUGAAAACGUAGAUAUCAGCAGUGGAGGAGGUGUGACGGGCUGGAAGAGCAAAUGCUGCUGAGCGCUCUCCCGUCCAUCUGUUGCCAUCCACCAUCCGUUUCUCUUCUUGCUGCAAAAUAAAACACUCUGUCCAUUUUUAACUCUAAACAGAUAUUUUUGUUCCUCAUCUUAACUAUUCAGUCCACCUAUUUUAUUUGUUCUUUCAUCUGUGACUGCUUGCGGACUAUUAUAAUUUUCUUCAAACAAAAAAAAUGUAUAGAGAAAUCAUGUCCGACUUCAUUUUCAGAUGUUCUUGCUCAGCUCACCACUGCACUUCUGUUGUAUUAUAGUCCAGCUCUUAUCAACAUUAACUACAGCAAUCAUUUCAACUCUAUUCUGCAAAUUGUAUAAGAAUAAAAGUUAGAAUUAACAAUUUUAUUUUGUACAACAGUGGGAUUUUCUGUCAUGAAUAAUGUGCUUGAGUCCUAUAACCUAUAGAUGUGAUAGCAAAGAAACACAAGCCAGGAAAACAUUCAUUUCCCCUGAAUCAGUACGUGGGGUUAAUUUUGUCCUGUGCCUUAUGUGGAAAGGAACUACUUUGGUUUCUCUUUUUUGUUCGGUGGAAGCAUGUGCAGGAGACAUUUCAUCCCAACAUAAACCCGUUCAGAUGCUUGUGGUUUGCUUGGCUGUAUCUUUCACAGUAGUUAACCGAGGACAAAGGGUAAUGCAGAAGUGAUACUUGAUUUCCAGUCUCAUUCCCAGUGGCCUUGAUAUUUAAACUGAUUCCCGCCACCAGGUCCUUGGGCCACUCUGUCCCUGCGUCUCAUCUUUCUGCAUGCUGCUUUGUUUGCCCCCACUACUCCUGGUAUGAGUUAUUUAAAAAUGAAAGGUUUGUCAAGUUUAACAUAAAGCACUGAUUUACCUUGCUAAGUAAACAGAAAGAUAAAUUCUAACUGCCUAUAUCAGAUGUCAGUUAAUCGGUGUCAGCCCCUCAUUUACUCUCUCCUAAAACCUGACCCGCAGUUUGCCUUCUGUUCCCCUCCCCCCUCCUGUCUAUCCAUGGAGUUUAUGAAAUGGAAGAGUUAUUGCAUGCACUAGUGUUUGGAGGGUGUUGUGGUUUGUCUCUAAUUAGGUGUAUAUCCUAUUCACUUUCCUAGAAUAAGCCUCUUAACCUGAAUGUGACUAGUCUCCAUUAUGGCGACUCCUCUGGCAGUUCAGUAGCCCAGGAAAGACUGGUUUUAAAAAGACCAUAAAGAGCAAGGAGGAGUGGUCUUAGCGUUUGCCAAAUGUAUUGAGAUUUGGCCUCUGAAGAACACUUUCGGUAUUGUCUUUACUGUAAGAUUUAGAAAUACAUCAUAAUAUUAUUAAUUUCAAGUCCUAUCUUUACAUCCUCUCAGAAAACUUAUUACCGUGAAUUUUUUAAAAAAGAAAAAGGACAGCAAAAGGCUUCUCGUGUAAAGCUGAGCUCUCUGGCUCUGUCCGACCCCAUCCUUCUUUCUCUGUUCUAGUUUGGCUUCAUUGCUUCUCAUUAGGAUAGGGUAGGCGAAGUUCCCUAUGCUGCUAGCAUCCUAAGAUGAUACCUUUGUGGAAAUAAUUGUGAAUAGCAUGAUUCAUUUCAAGCAGAGGCUGAGUUUAGGACAGCAGCUACCAUUGAGAAGAUGUCUGUGACACGCAUUUUAAUGACCUCUUGGCUCACAUAAACAAUAUAGGGACAUAUCUGCUAAAAGAGCCCAUGGUCUUUUCAGAUAGUGCCCUAAAGACAAUUUUAUAUGCCUCACUGGUGGUUCUUAGGGUCCCCCUCACUUGACUCUAUCAUUGUUUACUAGUAAAAAGCAGCAUUGCCAAAUAAUCCCUGAUUUUCCACUAUGAAAAAUGCAAUGUCUAAGCUUUUGAAGUUUGUAGGUUAAACCUACUGUUGUUAGUUAGAUCUUUGCUGUUUGUGUUGCUUCCCUCUAUCUGGAUUGUGGCGGUCGCCUCUUUACUUUAAACUUUGUUUAACCCUUAAUUCAGUGACUUAAGGUUUGGAGAUACACACUGGGAUUUUGGCUAACAGACUGACAGUUUUGUUGUUUGCAUAAUUAUAAUCGGCACUGUACAGAGAAAAGAUAUGGCCUCCUUUGUUAAAUCUGCACUUUCUGAAUAUCAAAAAAAAAAAAAAAA